AUGGAUGCUGCGGGAAGGGGCUGCCAUUUGCUGCCCCUGCCAGCGGCGCGCGGACCUGCCCGCGCUCCUGCGGCCGCCGCCGCCGCCAGAGCCGUCAGCCCGCCCGGCCUCUGCAGCGGCGCCGCCGGAGCGGUCGCCAUGAACCCCAGCUCCUCGGCGGGGGAGGAGAAAGGGGCGACGGGCGGCAGCAGCAGCAGCGGAAGCGGCGCCGGGAGCUGCUGCCUGGGCGCCGAGGGCGGCGUGGACCCGCGGGGCGCAGGGGCAGCGGCGGCCGCUGCGCUGGACGAGCCCGCGGCUGCCGGCCCGAAGGAGAAGGACGAGGCGCUGGAAGAGAAGCUGAGGAACUUAACUUUCCGAAAGCAGGUGUCUUACAGGAAAGCAAUCUCCCGGGCAGGCCUCCAGCACCUGGCUCCUGCACAUCCCCUCAGCCUUCCCGUGGCAAAUGGUCCAGCAAAGGAGCCCAGAGCGACUCUGGACUGGAGCGAGAAUGCCGUGAAUGGAGAGCACCUGUGGCUGGAGACCAACGUCUCAGGAGACCUCUGCUACCUGGGGGAGGAGAACUGCCAAGUCCGAUUUGCAAAAUCCGCUCUCAGGAGGAAGUGUGCUGUGUGUAAAAUCGUGGUCCAUACUGCCUGCAUUGAGCAGCUAGAAAAGAUUAAUUUUAGAUGUAAGCCAACAUUUCGAGAAGGAGGCUCAAGGUCACCAAGAGAAAAUUUUGUGCGUCAUCACUGGGUGCACAGGCGUCGGCAGGAAGGAAAAUGUAAGCAGUGUGGUAAGGGCUUCCAGCAGAAGUUCUCCUUCCACAGUAAAGAGAUUGUGGCUAUCAGCUGUUCCUGGUGCAAGCAGGCGUUUCACAAUAAGGUGACCUGCUUCAUGCUGCAUCACAUUGAGGAACCCUGCUCCCUUGGGGCUCAUGCUGCUGUUAUUGUCCCACCCACCUGGAUCAUUAAGGUGAAGAAACCUCAGAACUCCCUGAAGGCUUCCAAUCGGAAGAAGAAGAGAACAAGCUUUAAAAGAAAAGCCAGCAAAAGAGGAACUGAACAGGAAAACAAAGGUCGUCCUUUUGUGAUAAAACCUAUCUCUUCUCCUCUCAUGAAACCCUUACUUGUAUUUGUGAAUCCGAAGAGUGGAGGCAACCAGGGAACUAAAGUCUUGCAGAUGUUCAUGUGGUACCUGAAUCCACGACAGGUCUUUGAUCUUUCUCAGGAAGGGCCAAAGGAUGCGCUUGAGUUGUACAGGAAAGUGCCAAAUCUUCGGAUUCUGGCUUGUGGUGGAGAUGGAACGGUGGGCUGGAUCCUUUCUAUCCUGGAUGAGCUGCAGCUGAGUCCACAGCCGCCUGUGGGAGUCCUCCCUCUGGGGACGGGGAAUGACCUGGCUCGAACCCUCAACUGGGGAGGGGGAUACACUGAUGAACCUGUUUCUAAGAUCCUAUGCCAAGUAGAGGAUGGGACAAUUGUACAGCUAGAUCGCUGGAACCUCCAUGUGGAAAGAAACCCAGACUUGCCCCCGGAAGAACUGGAAGAUGGCGUGUGUAAGCUUCCUCUGAAUGUUUUCAAUAAUUACUUCAGCCUUGGAUUUGAUGCUCACGUCACGCUGGAGUUCCAUGAAUCCAGAGAAGCAAAUCCAGAGAAAUUCAACAGUCGUUUUCGAAAUAAAAUGUUCUAUGCAGGGGCAGCUUUUUCUGACUUCCUACAAAGAAGUUCUAGAGAUCUAUCCAAACAUGUUAAAGUUGUUUGUGAUGGAACAGAUCUCACCCCAAAGAUUCAGGAACUGAAGUUCCAGUGUAUAGUAUUUUUAAAUAUACCCAGGUAUUGUGCAGGCACAAUGCCCUGGGGAAACCCAGGCGAUCACCAUGACUUUGAACCUCAGCGCCAUGAUGAUGGCUACAUUGAAGUCAUCGGAUUCACUAUGGCCUCUUUGGCUGCCCUGCAAGUCGGGGGCCAUGGGGAGAGACUGCACCAGUGUCGAGAGGUCAUGCUGCUCACUUACAAGUCCAUCCCCAUGCAAGUGGAUGGGGAGCCCUGCAGAUUGGCCCCAGCUAUGAUUCGGAUCUCCUUGCGGAAUCAGGCCAACAUGGUACAGAAGAGCAAGAGGAGAACAUCCAUGCCUUUACUUAAUGACAUCCACCAGGUGCAAACUGCGGACCUGCGGCGAGUGUCUGCUCCCCCCGGCUCCUUCACCAUUCCCCAGUCUGUCCCAGAUCGGCUGCGGAUCCGUGUGAACAAAAUCAGUUUACAAGACUACGAGGGAUUCCACUAUGACAAAGAGAAACUCCGGGAAGCUUCCAUACCCCUGGGUAUUCUUGUUGUGCGUGGAGACUGUGAUUUGGAGACUUGCCGUAUGUACAUAGACCGCCUACAGGAGGAUCUGCAGUCAGUUUCUUCUGGCUCCCAGAGAGUUCAUUACCAGGACCACGAAGCCUCCUUCCCUAGGGCACUCUCUGCGCAGAGGCUCUCCCCACGGUGGUGCUUCCUAGACGCAACUUCUGCUGAUCGCUUUUAUCGAAUAGACAGAUCUCAGGAACAUUUGCACUUUGUGAUGGAGAUUUCCCAAGAUGAGAUUUUUAUUCUGGACCCAGAUAUGGUGGUGUCGCAGCAGGCAGGGACACCUCCGGGCAUGCCUGACCUGGUGGUGGAGCAAGCUUCCGGGCUGUCAGACUGGUGGAAUCCCGCGCUCCGGAAGCGCAUGCUGAGUGACAGUGGGCUGGGGAUGAUCACUCCCCACUAUGAAGACUCAGAUAUGCAAGACCUCAGUCACUCCCGCGUGCUGCAGUCACCAGUCUCUUCAGAAGAUCAUGCAAUUUUGCAGGCAGUAGUAGCUGGUGAUCUUAUGAAGCUAAUAGAAAGCUAUAAAAACGGAGGCAGUCUGCUAAUUCAGGGACCGGACCACUGUUCACUUCUUCACUACGCAGCUAAAACCGGCAACGGGGAGAUUGUGAAAUAUAUCCUUGACCAUGGACCUUCUGAGUUAUUGGAUAUGGCUGACAGUGAAACGGGUGAGACCGCGCUGCACAAGGCUGCCUGCCAGCGGAACCGGGCUGUGUGCCAGCUUCUGGUGGACGCAGGAGCAUCUCUGAGAAAGACGGACUCCAAGGGAAAGACACCUCAAGACAGAGCACAGCAGGCUGGGGACCCGGAGUUAGCUGCCUAUCUAGAAAGCCGUCAGAACUAUAAGGUCAUUGGCCAUGAGGACCUGGAAACUGCUGUUUGA